UUGUUUUUUAGCAUUCCACAACCGAUAACAAUUCCGGAACCACCCCCAGCUCCGGUAGAAGUUCCGAGAUUCACCCUGGUGGCACCGGACCUGCUGAGAACCGACAGCCCGGAGAAUAUCUUCCUGCAGGCGGAAGGCAUCGCCAGCCCCGUCGAGGUGAUCAUCAGCGUGACCGACUUCACCAAGACCACCAUGCUCUUCACGGACGGGGUCACGCUGAAUCCGGGCAACGACUUCCACACGCUCAAGUCUCUCCAGAUUCCCUCCAGUCCGUUGAAUCGAGACGAGAUCAAGAACAAGUAUGUGAUCGUGAAGGUCAAAUUUGGAAACUACCACGAGGAGGAGAGGACCGUCAUGGUGUCCUUCCACUCGGGAUACAUCUUCAUCCAGACCGACAAGCCCAUUUACAACCCCGGAGAUGAGGUGCGCUUACGAGCGUUUGUGUCCUCGUUGUCCUUCAAGGCCUCCGACAGCUCUUUGACUGUAGACAUACAGAAUCCAGAGGGAGUGGUAGUCAAGCAGGUUUUGAGGACCAAGGCUUCUUCCGGCGUCUUUUCAGACUCUUUUUACCUCACGGAAAUGGCCAACGAGGGCACCUGGAAGGUGAUCGCCAAGUUCGACCACUGGAAGCAGAACACCUUCACCUCGCACUUUGAGGUGAAGAAAUACGUGCUGCCUGCCUUCAACGUGACUUUGACCCCGAAGAAGUCUUUCCUGAGCCUUGAUGACAAGGAACUGGAGGUUGAGAUUUGGGCCAGAUACUUGUACGGAGAGCCGGUUCAAGGGACGGCCUACGUGUCGUUUGGCGUGAACGUCAACAAGGAGAUGAGAAGGUUGCCUUCAGUCAAGCAGGUGUCAAAUCUGGAGGGUGGAGUUGUCAAGCUGACUGUGGAUGAGCUGAAGGCAGCAUACCCUAACGUCAAGACUUUGGUGGGCAACUCAAUCUAUGUUAAAGCUUCCGUCCUCACCAAGACAGGCGCUGACCUGGUGGAAGCUGAGAAGACGGGCAUCAAGAUUGUGGACUCCCCCUACGUCCUGUCCUUUAAAAACAUGGUCAAGUACUUCAAACCGGGACUACCCUUUGACUUUACUAUCCAAGUGAGCCACCACGACGGUUCCCCGGCCCGUAACGUCCCGGUGAAGGUGAACCACCUGCCGGAACCCGUGAUCGUCAGCUUGGGCACCGCCAGGGUUACAGCCAACAUGCCCAAAAUGCACAUGCUAGCCCUCACUGCUGAGACUCAGCAGGCUGACCUCAGACCAGAACAGCAGGCCAAAGUCAGCACGUUCCUGUUCCCGUACCUCACUUUCUCCCGUCAGACUCCCAACUACCUCUACAUCUCCAGCAGUACCAACACGGCGUCUCCGGGAGACACGCUGGCUUUCAAACUCACCAUAGACGCUGCGGACCAGCACAUCAGACAACACAUCAAACACCUCACCUACCUGGUGGUGAACAAAGGCCGGUUGGUAGAAGCUCGGCGACUGGACGUGAGCGGUCAGCUAGUGACCAGCGUGGGCCUGGUGGUGACUCCCGACUUGAUGCCCUCCUUCCGUUUGGUGGCCUUCUACAGCCUCCCCUCGCAGGAGGUGGUGGCCGAUUCCGUCUGGGUGGAUGUGGCCUCUUCCUGUGUUGGAGACCUGAGCGUGAAUGGCGAGCAGCGAGACUACACGCCGGGCAAAAACCUCCAGCUGCGCGUCCGGGGCGACCCGGGGGCGAGCGUCAGCCUGGUGGCCGUGGACAACGCCGUCUUUUUGCUCAAGAGGGACAGACUCACGCAGAGCAAGUUGUGGGAUACGGUUGAGCAAGGGGAUCUGGGCUGCACCCGUGGGGGAGGCAUCAAUGCCAAGAAGCUCUUUCAGAAUGCCGGCUUGCUCUACUCAUCCAGCACCGGAUUCAGAACCGAGACCAGGGACGCCUUGCACUGUCCAGUCAGCAACAGAAGGAGGCGCUCUUCAGAACUCUUACAGAAGAAAGCUCAGCUGGAGAGUCGCUAUAAGGAGAAGCUGGCGCAUCGCUGCUGCAGCGACGGUCUUCGGGCCGUGCGCAUGCCGUACUCGUGCACGCGGCGCUCGCUCUACAUCACCGAGGGCUGGGAGUGCAUCCGGGCGUUCCGCUACUGUUGCGCCAGCUACCGAGAUGAAGUGCUGGACAUGGAGAUGCCCGCUACGGCGCCGCCCACUACGGCGCAGCCCACCACCACCGCCGCACCCCGAACCGUCCCCACGCGGAUUCACCUCGGCAGGGAAAUGUUUAAUUGGGGAGGACGCACUGGCGACGUCGUGGCCUACAGCAACGCCCACAGGACCUUGGACAGUCCCAAGCUUUUUGCCAGGGGACCCGUGAUGCCGAGGGAGGAAGCGCGCCCAGUAACCCCCGAGGUGCUGGGUGAGUACGUAGAACUGGACGACUACGAGGACGACGAAGAUGAGUACUUGGAGGAGAGGGACGUGUAUCUGCGCUUUCGCUUCUUCGAGUCGUGGCUGUGGACCGAAGUCAAGUUGCCCGAUGAAGCCGACAGAGACGGGCUGGCGUCCACGCAGCUGAGCCAGCCGCUACCCGACAGCAUCACCGAGUGGGGCGUCAUCGCCGUCAGCUCCUCUCCAAACACCGGUUUCUGCGUGGCCGAGCCGUACAACAUCAAGGCGUGGAAGCGCUUCUUUGUGGACUUGAAGCUUCCGUACUCGGUGGCCCGGAACGAGCAGGUGGAGAUUAAAGCCGUCAUCCACAACUACGGUGACGACGAGCUGCACGUCCGCGUGGUGCUGAUGAAGACAGAAAACAUGUGCAGCGUGGCCUUUCGCGAUCGUCACACCCAGGAAGUCACGCUGCCGGCAGGCACGUCCAAGGCGGUGGCCUACACCAUCAUGCCCCUGGCGGUGGGGCGGCUCCCCAUUGAGGUGAUGGUGGUGGCCCGAGACAUGCUGGGCGGAGACCGCAUCCAGAAACUCCUGCGGGUGGUGAUGGAUGGCGUACAAAAGACCAAAGUUUGGAGUGCCGUCUUGAACCCAGCAGCUGAAGGAGGUAAGCAGAGCAUCCAGGUGGGCAAGGUGGAACUGGAGGGCGUGGUGCCAAACUCAACGCCGGAAACAUUCAUCAACGUCCGAGGGAACGUCUUGGCCGACAGCAUCGACAACUCCAUCACCGACGACUCGCUGGCGUCUCUCAUCCGCAUGCCGGGCGGCUGCGUGGAGCAGAACUUGGCCACCAUCACGCUGCCGCUCAUCGCCGCCAUCUACCUGGAGAAGACCAACGACUGGGAGGUGGUGGGCGUGGAGCGCAAGGCCGAAGCGCUGAAAUACAUCAGGAGAGGCUACGAAAACCAGCUGGUCUACAAGAAGAGUGACGGCUCUUACCCCCCCUACAGGAGGGAGGGCGCAAGCACCUGGAUCACGGCCUACGUGGUGAAGGUGUUCUCCAUGGCUCACUCGGUGGUCGGCGUGGAUACGCAGCAAGUGUGCGACCCGCUCAGCUUCCUGGUGCGCCACAAGCUCAAACUCCCCGGCGGACGCUUUGUGGAGGACAACCCUGUCUACAGUACCACCAUGACUGGCGGCAUGCGCGGUGACGACCCCGAGAUUACGCUGACGGCGUUUGUCCUCAUCGCCCUGGCGGAGGCCAAGCAGGCGGGAAUACGAUGCAGCCAGCAAAAGCUGGAGGAGGCUAUCGAUAGCACGGCAGAAUUCUUGGAGAACGCCCUGGAGACAUCGGGCCGGAGACCGUACACGGUGGCCAUCGCCUCCUACGCUCUCGCAUUGGCGGGAAAAGGCUCAGCCGCCUACGACCCCACCUUACAGCUCCUCGCAGCAUCCCCCGACGGCAGCCACUGGCCAGACGCGCACAAUCAUCUGUUCUCGCUGGAGGCGACCGGUUACGCGUUGCUGGCCCUGGUCAAGGUGGGUCAGAUGCAGGAGGCCGCCAAAGCUUUCCAGUGGAUCAACGGCCAGCGCAGAAUUGGGGGAGGCUACGGUUCUACGCAGGCCACCAUGGUGGUGCUGCAGGCGCUGUCCGAGUACCUGAUGAAAUCUCGGGUCGCCGGCGAUCUCUCCCUCGACGUGGACGUCAAGAUCACGGGCCGACGUGACGUCCGCUACCACUUCAACGCCAGGACCGCAUACGCCGCCCACUCGUCGCGGCUUCCGGCUAAUCUGGACCUGACCGUGGAGGCCACGGGCCGCGGGCAGGGAAUAUUGGAGGUGGUGACAUAUUACAACCAGCUGCACGAAGUGGACGAGAAGACGCCAUGCCGACACUUUGAGCUCAGUGUUGACAUGGAGGAAUCCAGCGAAAAGCCUCCCGCCGAAGUGGAAAAGUCCUACCUGAUGACCAUCAAAGUCAGGGCGUUGGGAUCCAGUGACAUCAGGAUGGCCGUGCUGGACAUCAGCCUGCCGACGGGCUUCACCCCCGAAACCUCCGACCUGGAGUUGCUUUCCAAUUCAGUGGACCGCUACAUCAAUAACUUCAAGAUGGUGGACAACCUCAGCGACAGAGGCUCCUUCAUCAUCCACUUGUUCAAGGUGUCCCACAAGGAGCCCGAAAUCCUGAUCUUCAGACUGCAACAAAACUUCAAAGUGGGCCUCCUGCAGCCCUCCUCGGUCACUGCGUACGAGUACUACAACCCCGACAACCGCUGCAGUAAGACCUACACGCCCCCUCGGGACCAGGGUGAUCUGACGCACAUCUGCAAAGAAAACAUCUGCCGCUGCACGCAAGGCGACUGCUGCGUCGCCAAAGCGGACGGCGAGAGCUUCGCUGCCAAGGAGCGGGAGGCCUUUGCCUGCAAGUCCCUGCACCACGUUUUUCAGGCAAAGGUUGUGAGCAUCCAACAGAGUUACUACGACAAGUACGAGAUGGAGAUCACACGAGUUAUCAAACUGGGGGUGGAGGCAGGAGUGAAAGCGGGUCAGACCAGGACAUUUGUGUCGCACGGGGGCUGCAGAGAGGGACUGGACUUGAAGGUGGGCUCCCACUACCUCCUCAUCGGACCCAAGGAGGACCAGUGGGACGUUGACACGGACAACAACAGGUUUGUGUACACACUCGGGUCGGGCACGUGGGUGGAACGCUGGCCGUCGCCCGUCGAAUGCGCCGGCGGCAUCUUGCGGGACAAAUGCGCCAACCUGGCCGCCGCCGCCACGGAACUCUCGCUCAACGCCUGCCGCUUGUGAGACAAAUGACGCCGGUCCGACCUUUUUUUUUUUUUUUUUUUCUCUGUGUUCAAAAGAGCAAGUGAGAAAUGAUGAUGUAGGCGCAUCCUUUAAAAUAAAAGCUUCCCAGGAAUCUUGAAACGUGAUCAUCGCCAUUAUUUUUAUUCACUCUUUAGCUCAUGUUUGUGUGAUCAUUUCUACCUGACAUUCAAGUGGG